AUGGCAAACAGUGCCAUGUACCUGAACAACGCACUCUCCCUCCUGGGCAUCUCUUCGCCGAUCGAGGACAUGCUCAAGAUGGCCGACAAAGCCCUGCCGCUUACUCCCGUCACCAUCUCGCAGGUCUUCAACUGCAUGUAUACCCUCUUGCGGCUGCGCCAGGACGCUCAGCAGCAGCUCGAGAGAAAGGCCGAUGACCUCGCGGUGUCCCUUUCACAAGAACACAGACUCGCCGCCGAGAAGAAACGACUAAAGGAUAGAGUGGACCAGUUGGAGCGCGAGACGGCCCUGUGCCAGGCGCGCGAGAAGUCCCUCAAGGAAAACACGGAUAAAGAAAAGGCCAAGUGGAACCUCGAACGACAGGAAACACGCAAACAGCUUCUCGCUCUCCAGGGAAAGGACACCCAGUAUCUGCACGAGAUGCGCAAGAAGGAACGUGAGUACGAGCGACUCAAGCAGACGCUGCAGCAGUACAUCGCCGAGAAGAAUGUGGCGUCGAGGAGGGCGACCGAGCUUCUCAAUUCCGUCAACUCCUCGACUGCUGGCGGUUCGCGGCUGCCGCGCGCUGCCGUGCCAGCAACACCACUCAGGAACAAGCAAUCGGACGAAGACAUCUUCAGAGGAAUCGUGGCUUCCUACGAGCGAAAGCAGGAAGUGUUGCGCGAGGAGAACAAGUCGCUGCGUCAGACCAUCCUCACGAUUCGCCGUACCAUCGCACAGGCCAUCCCCGACAGCAAGGAACCUAUCAAGUCCGACGACCAAUAUCUGGACAUGCCGAUUGGCGUCUUCCGCAGAACGCUGGAGAAGCAGGUGGAGAAGGACGUACAUGCGCUCAAGGAGUUGACCUCUCGGCCGGCGGUUCAAGUGCCGGAGGAGCAGGCGCCGACCGAGCUCCCGCCGAGCCUUGCAGCCAUUCUUGCGCGCGCUGAGGCGAUGACGCCCAAGAGAGCCGACGGCACAAGCGACCUGAGCAUGCUUAGGAAGAAGCUCGAGGAGCAAGCGGCAUUGCUCGAGAAUCAAGAGAAGCUGAAGGGGAACAGCAGGUCGGUGGCGAGCGCGAAGAGCCACUUGCCCAAGUUUGCGCUGGAGGAUCUGGACGACGACUUUGAGAAAGAGAACCUGGACUCCAAUCUCGAUUUCCUCCCACACGACACCAAUCAGCAGCACCGCUACCCUGCCUCCGUCUCCCUCCUCAGCCCCAUCAACAGCCCUUGA